GCCUUUUUAUCCGGACGCACCCCGGAGCACGGCCAGCCCUGAUAACAGCGACUUCUUGCAUCCUCUUUCUUUGCUCUAUACCAUGGCGAGCUAAGUCUUCGCCAAUCAGCAUGACAUGACCUAGACCGAUCACGAAUCGACCACCAUCCAAGCCCUAAUCUCAGAGCGUCCACUCCUUCCAACCCCCCACACAGCAUCAGCCUUGGGCACACACAUAGAGCAUUUCAGAGUUUUAGGCCCGGUCUCUUCGCAGACAUGCCCGACAAACCUCUCACCAUUGCGACUUAUGCUGCCGGCGCAUCGCUCGCUGCAAUCACGCUCGUCUAUGUCUUCGGCCCCACCUUCAUGCUCGACGAUGAAGCCUCGCAAUCCUCAAAAUCAACACGCAAGCGAGGAGUCGUCGGACUCGUCAAUCCUGCCAAUGACUGCUUCAUCAACUCGGUACUCCAGAGCAUGGCUGGUCUGCCGGAAUUGCGCAUCUACCUCAUCCGGGAACUACACCGACGGAAGCUGGACGGGAAAGAGAUCUACUCCAUUGUGGAGCAAUUGGAAGAUGAAAUCUCGCCCAACGAGAGCAAGGACAUUGUCAAGAUGAAUGAAACAAAGGAGCCUAGCUGGAAGGUCUUGGGAUUGCAACAGGGUCUGGUGACGGCUGGCCUCAAAGAUAUUCUGGAUGCGCUCAAUGAGCGACCCAUCUACAAGAAGACCAUCUCGGCCCGCACUUUCGUCAGUGUCAUGGAGACAGCUUUCAAGACACGCAUCAGUCGACAGCAGCAAGAUGCUCAAGAGUUCCUACAAAUCGUUGCCGAGAGGCUGAGCGAAGAGUAUCACGCUGGAAGAAACGCUAGGAGAAAGGCAAAGUCACUCAAGAGUCCUAGCACCUCUACCUUGAAAGCACCCGAGCCUGAGGAUGAAGAGAAAUCAAACAUGCUCAAGCCUCAAGAGUCUGCUCGUGGCUUGAAGGCAAAACAUGAAAUCGAACAAGUUCGACAAAGCGUACAACAACUACCGCAAGCCGAAGAUGAUGACUUGCAGGACGAUCCAGGCUUUCCUUUCGAGGGAAAAAUCGAAGCGCAGAUUGAGUGCAUGACAUGUCAUUUCAAGCCCAAGCCCUCUGUGUCGAGUUUUGUCACUCUUACACUCAACGUCCCACACCACUCUUCGACCACCUUGAAUGCAUGCUUUGAUGGCAUGCUGAAAGUUGAACACAUUGAUGAUUACAAGUGCGAAAGAUGUCGCCUGGAGCACGCCAUUCAAGUCAAGACGAAAGACUUGGCAAAGGCAUCGGACGAAUCAACACGCAACUUACUCACACAUGAGCUAGCAGCCAUGGAAAAGGCACUAGAGACAGACCCGGAAGCUCUACCGAAGAACAUCAAACUGCCUGAUCCAUCUCUAGCCCCCAAACGACGAAUCGCACGCCACAUGCGCAUCAGCACGUUCCCCAAAAUCCUCGCCAUCCAUCUAUCUCGAAGUGUCUGGGAUCCAAACUCUAGCAGCAGUAAGAACAUGGCCAAAGUUAGUUUUCCAGAGACAUUACCUUUGGGUGGACUAUUGGACCAACAGUCAUACCGUCUUCAUGGCGUCGUGACGCACAAAGGAGGUCACAACAGCGGUCACUAUGAGAGUUUCAGACGACAGUUCCUCGCCGAACCGUACAGUGCCAAACUCAGCAUGGGCACUCAAGGCAUGUACUCAGCUCAAGGAACACCCAGAGCAAGUGGCAUGCCCAGCCCCAUGCUCGAGCCCACCACCCCUGGCCUCACACACUCUCCCUCAAGCAGCGGCAACAGCACAUCCUCACGCUCCUCCUCAACACGCAAGCGUUUCUCCCUCCGUCACCGUCAAAGCUCAAAACCAAACACCGAGACGCAAAAUGAUGAGAAAAGCACCGUCAGCAGCAGUAGUGGUGCAGAAACACCCGGUGCAUCACAAGUCCCUACUCGACCAAUCCCUGAAGCUACAUAUCCACAACCCGCACGCACAUCUUCAAAAGCAGGCAAAAGCUUGGAUCUAAGCAGGUUGAAACGAAAACAGAGAAAUCAGCAUAAUAGGUGGUGGAGGAUUAGUGAUGAUAAGAUUAAAGAAUCAAAGACUGGUGACGUGUUGGGUAUGCAGAGGGAGGUAUAUUUGCUAUUUUAUGAAAUCAUGGUGCCAGAGGUUUGAGGAUAUGAAAGUGGAGGGGAGUUUUUCAUUGUGCUAUAUCAAAUGGCGGAAGAGCAUUUUUUUCGAAGUCGAACGGGGCUUUGGGGUAUGUACACAAUUUUCUACUUUCAUGUAAGCUGUAUAUAUCAAUCAAUACAAGGCACUUUGCCUUUAUGUCAUCGGGAUAGUGGGGCACUCGCUCCAAGAAAUCACUGAUACUGCA